ACACACGAGCGUAUACGCAGACUCACUAUAUAAAUAGCCACGGAAGAAUCUUCGUCAGACAAGGUCUAGGCAUCGAACGAACAAGUCGUUUGAAAUUUAAAUAAGGAAUCAUGCAAAAGCUAACGGUUUUCUUUGUUGCGCUUGCGGCGUUUUGCUUGCAUUGCGAGGCAAAACAUUUUACUCGAUGCGGAUUGGUCCAAGAGCUGAGGAGGCAAGGAUUCCCUGAAGACAAGAUGCGGGAUUGGGUGUGCCUUGUGGAGAACGAGAGCGGUAGAAAGACGGACAAGAUGGGAACCGUGAACAAGAACGGGUCCCGGGACUAUGGACUGUUCCAGAUAAACGACAAGUACUGGUGCAGCAACACUAGCACUCCUGGCAAGGACUGCAACGUCACUUGUGCACAAAUGCUGUUGGACGACAUCACCCUCGCGUCUCAAUGCGCUAAGAAGAUCUACAAACGACACAAGUUCGAUGCCUGGUAUGGGUGGAAGAACCACUGCAGGGGCAAGACCCUGCCUGACAUCAGCAACUGCUGAAACAUUGCAUUUCAAACAG